AUGCUCAUUUUAGCUGAAAUUCAGCACUGCCUCGUUAAUGCUGGCGAUGUGGGAUGUGGAGUGUUUGAAUGCUUUGAAAACAAUUCCUGUGAGAUCCGAGGCUUACAUGAGAUCUGCAUGACAUUCCUUCACAACGCUGGAAAAUUUGAUGCCCAGGGAAAAUCCUUCAUUAAAGACGCUCUGAAGUGUAAGGCUCAUGCCUUGAGGCAUAAAUUCAGCUGCAUCAGCCGUAAGUGCCCUGCCAUUAAAGAGAUGGUGUUCCAGUUACAGCGGGAGUGCUACCUGAAGCAUGACCUCUGCUCUGCUGCGAAGGAGAACAUCCAGGUCAUUGUGGAGAUGAUUCACUUCAAAGACCUGCUGCAGCAUGAGCCAUACGUUGACCUAGUGAACAUCCUGCUCACCUGUGGCGAGGAGGUGAAAAAGGCAAUAACAAGAAGCGUCCAGGCCCAGUGCGAACAGAACUGGGGAAGUCUCUGCUCCAUCCUGAGCUUCUGCACCUCAGCUGGGCAUGGUGAUGCCAUCUUGGGUCCUGAGAAGAAGCCAGGCGAAGGCAGCAAAGCUGCUGCUGGCCGUGGGGACAUGCUGGUCCACUCUGACUCCGACCACAGGGAGAGUGCACGAGCAUCUAAGGGAGAGAGAGGUACUAAAGGCCACCUGAACGCCCAUGCUCGGGUGAAAGCUGGGGGCCACGGUCCCAAAGGGGCACAUGGGCUCAUGGACCGGGCAGAUGAACUGCCCGACCACUCUGACAUCCGGAGGUGAAAAAAGGCACCAGCCCCCUCUUUCCCCCAUCCUCCCCCUCCACUGGAAAGCUCCUCCGUUGAGUCCCAUCUUCCCCUCUAUGGACAUUCCAAAGCAUUUCCCAUUCAGAGGUCAAGCACAGGGCAUUGCAAGACAUAUGUGGACCUCAGCAACAGUG